AUAACAGUUUAACAGGUUCAUACAUUUCCUCCGUUUAGGGCUUCGAUCCUUUUUUUCUCAUACUCCAAUUAAUGCCAUGGAUAAACCGGCGGAUUACAGCGCCGGCGCCGGCGCCAGGGCUACUCCAUCAUUGGCCAAGCAAUUACUCCGAGCAGAACAGAAACAUCAAACAGGAAACUCUUCGUGGCAGCAGAAACAGUCGGAAUUACAACAAUCUCCAACAUAUUCUCAGGAAUUGAUCAAUGCCAAUCUCUGCAAACUCUCCGACGGUCUCUCGGCAUUCCAACGAUGCUUAGGUGAGCUACACAGACACAUUGAUACCAUUCGUACCUCAAUCGACUCCUCUGUGCUACUUCUAUCGCUCCCAAAUAAUACAACUCCGUCAGCACCUGCACUCCCAGCACCAGCCCCAGCCGCAGAACCAUCUGACCCCUCCGAAGAGGAAGAGGAAGAGGAAGAGGAAGAGGAGGAGGAAGAAGAAGAAGAAGAAGAAGAAGAGGAAGAGGAGCAACAAUUGAAAUCUCCUCCUCGUUCACAACCUAAAUCGUCAAAAGAAGGAGAGGAAGAGAAACAACAACUGAAAUCCCCUCAUCGUCCAGAGCCGGAAUUGUUUCGUAUAGAGCUGAAAUCCCCUCCUCGUCCGGAGCCGAAAUCGUUUCGUAUAGAGCUGAAAUCAUCCUCUCCUCGUUCUAGUUCAGAGGUGAAAAUCCUCUGCGAAACAAUGAAUAGUCAUGGUCUGCGGAAGUACAUGAUAAGGCGUCUCUCAUGUUUAAAGACGCUGCAACAAAAAGUCCCCAAGGCAUUGAAACUCUCGCCUAAUCCUGCAAGGCUGAUAUUGGAAGCUAUAGGCAUGUUUUAUACUCAAGGGAGCAAUACUUAUGUUGAAGGCUCACCUUUGAUCACGGAAAGACGGGCUUUAGUAUUGCUUUUGGAGUGCUUCUUGAGAAUGAUAGGUGAGGGCGAGGGCGAGGGAAGCUCUGUUGAGAUUGAAAAUGGAGAGAAGGAAGAGGCAGGGCAAGCAGCUUUAGCAUGGUAUAGGAGAUUGAAUUUUGAAGGAGGUAUACUAAAAGCUCAGGAAAUUGAUGCUCGGGGUUUGUUGUUGUUUAUUGGGUGUUUCGGGAUUCCACAAGCAUUUAGAAAUGAGGAUAUCAAGGAUUUGCUGCACCAAAGUUACAUCAAGAUGAUUUCUAGCUCCGUCAGGAGAUCAAGUGUUCUCAUGGCAAAGAUUCCGGAAAUAAUAGAAGGGAUGCUGAAUCAAAAUAUGGUAGUUGAUGCCGUUUAUUUUACCUUUUGUUUUGGUCUUGAAGAUAGAUUUAACCCUCAAAGACUAUUGACAUCAUUUCUACAUGAGUCUGAAGUGUCAUUAUGCAAUAAAAUUCAGACUUUUGAACAAAAUAAAGGAUCAAAAGAUUCAGCUCUUCAAGAGAUUAUUGGAGCUAAAAGGAGGUACUUGGGUACUUUGAAAUCUGUCAUCCAAUGUUUGGGACGUAACAACAUUGAUCAUUCAAAAUUUCUUUCAGAGUGGCAAAUCGGCGAGAAAGUAAUAGGUUUGGAGAAAGAAAUUACUCAAUUCAGGAAGAAUCUGAAAGAUGAACAAAGAAUGGUACAAAAGAGAAAAAAUGAUGAAACUGAGUGGUUGAAAAACAAAGAAAUGAAACACUCACAUUUUCCUAAUCCAUGGACGCCACAACAGAGAGUCGUUAACCAUGUCGAUAGAAGCAAUACCUUGUUAGAAGGUGAUAGAACGGCUGGACACUUUUAUGGUCAUUCUGUGUGCCCUUCGGUAUAUCAUGGACCUGUUGCAGGCUCGAUUCAUGAAAAUAUUGUUGGCUCGCUGGCAGGACCUAUGGGAGGUGUGGCCAUGGCUGUACCUGGAGCAGGUAUAUCAGCAGGCACCGAUGUUGUUCUGAGUCGAGUUGAUGGAUCUCUUCGUGAUGCAACUGUGUAUGACAGGCUGCCCUCCCACAGAUAUGCCUAUAGGCCGUCAUCGUACUUGGAAGGGCCAAACACCAUAGCCGGUGAUGCGUAUAGUAGGCCUCCACCAUACAUGCAAAACUCAAUGGGGUUGCCAAACACCACACCUGGUGAUGUUAAUAGGCCACCACCAUACUCACAAGGCUCUGCAGGGUUGCCAAAUAUCAUAACUGGUGAUUUUUAUAGGCCUCCACCACACUUGGGAGGCUCUACACAGCUGUCAAACACCAUACCUCCACCAUAUCAGCUUGCUGCUACUGGUCCAACAACUGAGCUAUACCGGAGCAUUGGCUCACAAGCAGUUGAUGCUGUUCCAUCUGGUGCGAUUGCUCAUCCUUCAUCCUCUUUGUACUGGCAAAGAUAGUUUUGAGUUCUUAUUUAGAAAAUUGUCAAAUAUGAAGAUGAGAUACAUGCUUGUGGACGUGCAAUUUGUAUAUAAAUAGAUUAGGAACCUACAUAGAUAUUAAAUCUUUUGAAUCUCAACAAUAAUAGCGCCUUUUCCUCCUCUUCUCUAUAAUUUGUUAAUUUUUUCA